AUGAAGGAAGCUUCUUCUGAACCACCCAAUAUAGAUGGCAGUCGCUCUGGUGCACAACCCGCAGCGCCCACUGCUCAGGGCUUGAAUGAGCAACCUCGAAACAAAGAGUUUAACGAAAAGACUCACUCGAAUAAACAAAAUGGCAGCAGGAACAACUCCCUGCUCAAGAUCCCCUCUGCCGGCGAUGUCCCCUCUCACACAUCGUCUCAGGCUGCACGAUCGGGGUCUGUCAUAGAGACUCCUCCUGGCAAGGCUGAAGAGCCUGCCCAAGAAGAAAUCUCAAGUACAACCAGCAAAAAGACUGGUUUUAUGGCCGAAGUCAAACGCAGUAUCAGAAUCAGUGUCACUUAUAGCUGGCUCAAUGUUUUCUUGAUAUUCGUUCCUGUCGGUAUCGCCGUCGCUCAGAUCGAUGGCGUCCAUGCAGGUCUUGUUUUUGGUAUGAAUGCAGUUGCAAUCAUCCCUCUUGCUGGACUUUUGGCAUUCGCUACCGAAUCUGUUGCUCGAAAGAUGGGUGAUGCUUUGGGUGCGUUGUUGAACGUCACUUUUGGCAAUGCUGUUGAAUUGAUCAUCUUUAUCCUCGCUCUGGUAAAGAACGAAAUCCGAGUCGUACAGUCGGCCCUUCUUGGCAGUGUGCUAGCAAAUCUGCUGCUCAUUCUUGGAAUGGCGAUGCUUCUGGGAGGUCUACGAUUCCGUGAACAGGUCUAUAACAGCACUGUUACCCAGAUGAGCGCCUGUCUGCUCAGUCUGAGUGUUAUCAGUCUGGUUUUGCCGACAGCUUUUCAUGCUUCUUUCAAGAGUGAUGCCCUCGCUGACCAGGAGUCGCUCAAGAUCAGUCGCGCAACCAGUGUGGUUCUGCUUCUAGUUUAUGUCAUCUACCUCAUGUUCCAGCUCAAGUCGCAUGCUUACAUGUACGAGUCCACUCCUCAGCACAUCAUUGAUGCCGAGUUGGCACCUGGUCCUGCCGCCGGUCUGCUGGACUCUUCCAGUUCUGAUGACAGUUCAUCCUCGAGUUCCGACUCAUCGGAUUCUGAUUCGUCUCACGGUACUAUGCGAAAGCGAAUGAAGAAGGUCCUUCGUAAUAGACGGCACCGAAGAUCUAGCGCUGCUUCUGCCGAUACCGCUGACACCAAGGGAACCCGUUCGGCUUCGUUUGUAACCAACAACACCUCACCCCAGGAUGAAAUUUCUGAGGCAAGAGCCUCUCGCCAUCGGGUCCCCCGUUUCCCUUCUUAUGAAGGAAGUGAGCACGCGGUUGACGACGAUGAUGAAGAGGCAGAACGCUCCCGCCGACGCCGUCGUUAUCGCCGACACAGACACCGCAAGAGCAAGAAGGAGGCUCGCAAGGCUAAAACGGAGCUCGACGGUACCAAAUCUUUGAACAACGUCCCCGAGAAUGUACCUGAAAUCAAGGGCGAAGGGGAACCUCGCCGUGUUGACUUUGCGGUCCAGGAUGACCUCGAAGCUGGUCCUUCAUCCAAUGGGGGCAAGCGACCAUUCCCCUUGAGAGGUAUCUCCGUUAAAGCCAUUGCUCCCGUUUUCACCGAGAAGCCCGCGGGUCCAGCUCCCACUGUUCGUUAUGGCAUUCGACGUACCAACUCCCUCCCGGAUCGCCUGCAGUUUCGGGCUCCCGGCGCCAUGCUGCCGGCUCAUGUUCCUCCUGUGUUGAAUGCCCCUGGUGCUCAGAUUCUCGACAAGCAGGAAGAGGAUGAAGAGGAACAUCUCUCCCAACUCGCCGCCGUCAUUCUCCUUCUGAUUUCCACGGCCCUGGUCGCAGUCUGCGCCGAGUUCCUUGUCGAUUCUAUCGAGGCCGUUAUCGAAACUUCACACAUCAACCAAGUUGGAAUCGGUCUCAUUAUUCUGCCUAUCGUUGGUAACGCAGCUGAGCACGUUACCGCUAUCAAAGUCGCCUACAAGAACAACAUGGAUCUCGCAAUUGGUGUCGCUGUCGGAAGUUCUAUCCAGAUUGCUCUUCUCCUCACUCCCUUUAUGGUGAUCCUGGGAUGGAUCAUGGAUAAGGAGAUGACUUUGUACUUUACGCUGUUUGAGACUGUUUGUCUCUUCGUUUCGGCAUUUAUUGUCAACUUUUUGGUACUGGACGGUAGAAGUAACUACCUUGAAGGUGCAUUGCUUUGUGCGGUGUAUAUCAUCAUCGCCGUUGUGGCUUUCUUCUACCCUGAUGAACAGGAUGCCAGCGCCUGGGGUGGAGGUACUUAG